AUGAAUAGUAAUUGCCUUAGACUUGCCAUAGACUUUAUCCUCAUGAGUGGAACCACAAAUGCAAAGGCUGACACUAUUCACGUGAAUAGUGGCAACCAUUGCUUUAAACUUAGCCCUUGUGGGUGGAAGUGCUCUUAUAAGGGGUUGGGUCCAUAUCUCGUCAUUGAUGACGUGGGUAGAGAGCCUCAGAGAUGGAAAGGUGAAAAGGUUGGGAAGUUUCCCUGGUGGAGCUUGAGAUAA